AUGGGUCUUCCUCCACCGCCCUUCCCUUCACCGGAGGCCGGGGCUGUGCCCGAGCCGCCGGCGCAGGCGGCGUGGAGGGCGGAGGUGCAGCGCCGCCAGACGCGAGACGCGUUUGCGCGCGGGGUGGGCGGGCGGGCAGAUCGGCCGCUGCUGCGGUCGGCCGAGGCCGAGGCGUGGCGCGCGGACCUGCAGCGCCGCCAGACGCGUGACGCGUUUGCGCGCGGUCACAUGAGUUUGCAACCGGCUGGGGUGGCGCCAGAGGAAGCGGCACAGGCGGCGUGGAGGGCGGAUGUUCAGCGCCGCAAGGCGCGCAAUGCCGCCGCGCGCGCCCGUGGGCGUUUCCCCUCCGAUCCGCGGUUCCCGCCAGCACAGGCGCCACCGUUGUAG